GACUUUUUAAAAUUAAAGGGAUUACAAACAAAUCAUUUUCUCAUCGUGAUAUAUUCAAUUGAUAAAAGAUAGUCGUCACUAUAAUAUAUCAAUCUUCUUGACGAAUAGGAUGCAUUUUUCUUCUUCUUUUCUUUUUUUCUUUUUUUAUGUUUUUUGAUAAAACUAUUUUAUUAAUAUUUUUGUUUUAUCUGUAUUGAUAAAAAACAAGAAAUUUUUCAUAAACGAAAUAUUAUUUUUAAACAAAAAUCGAUUACAUUCUUAUAAUAUGUUGAUUUUAUCAAAAAUCUUAAAAUCUUGCUGCUCAUUAUCUUUAUCUGAUAUAAAAAACUUUUAAGGUUGUUUCAAAAUACUGACUAAUUGUUGUUGAUUAAUCAUAGAUAUGUUUUUUUAUAUUAAGGACGAUGAGAAUUAAAAUUUUCUUAUCAUCCACUUGUAAAAAAUAUCUUGAAUGGACCCACAUACCAUAUAAACAUAUUAUUAUAUGUGGGCGUUACAUUACUUUGAAGAAAAAGUUUUUGGUAUUUCUUCUUCUUCCAUAUUUUUAUGUUUUAUUGUGAGUAAGUAUAUAUAUAUAUAUAUAUAUAUGCACUAGUAAAAUAUAAACUGACUGCUCUGAAUUUUAUACAUACUAGAGGUAAAUUAUGCAGUCAACACUGUUAAAAAUCAAGUAUUAACGUCAGUUGUUUUCAGUUAAUAGUAGAUAUUAAUUAAACUUUAAUCAUUUGAUCUAAGAUUAUAUUUUCUUGUUAAAGAAGUAUAGUUACUAUAUUAUUAUGUUUGAUGUUUUUAUUUUUAGAUGACUCUAUUUUAUAUUGGAUAUUUAAUUGCUGUAAGCAGUACCGUUGCAUUUAUUGUCGCUAUAUUAACACCAAAAUGGAUAUAUCCAAAUAAUCCUGGAAUAAGUGAACAAUAUAAUUAUCGUGGAAUAUUUUUUGUUGAUAAUAAUAAUACUUGUAGAGAUUUUAUUCUUACAUAUAAAUCUGCAGUUGCACCCUGUCGACCACCUUAUGCUGUUGCGUGUGCAUCGUUAGCAAUAAUUGCAUCAUCAUUAAGUAUAAUAUUAUUAUGGUUAGCUGGUGCCUAUUUACAUAUUCGUCGAAAACGUUUAGCAGUUCAUUUUGUUUCCGCACUGGCCGCUCUUACAAUGUUAAUAUUUUGGAUUACCGUUGUUAUUUGGAUUGUUAUGAUUACAAUGAAUAGAGAUUCAAAUUUAAAGAUUAGACGUGAAAAUAUUGGUUUUUCUACAUGGAUUGCUGUUGGCUCGAGCGGUGGUUUUCUUCUUGCAUUUGUAUUCUUUAUAUUAUACAGAAUUGAUCUCGGACAUCGAAGAAAAGAUAUAUGUGAAUCACCAUCAUUAAUAAAAGCGACAAAAAUGUCAGUUUGUAUCUCGUACAUCACAGAGAGAAAUACAUAUACAAACAGAGAUACGACUAUGCAAGAAUUUUUUGACAUUAGUUCUUCAACAGAAAACUUAAUGUUGAAUACAUGUGCGGUUUCUACAAUAACCCCAGAGGAUGAUAUUAAAAAUAGUUUGGAACGAAGUCAAGCCUUUUCACGCAUCUGUGCAUCAUAUCCGGCGGUUGAUGACGGUUUAUGUUUCCACAUGGCUCACAAUUUGAUACCUCGACAAAUGGAAGUUCGUGGUCAACAAACAAUCAUUCCAUGCGUAUUGAAUAAACCAACUGAUCAUGUUUAUUGGUUUUUCCGAAGUCGAUAUACGAAUACAUCAACAUGGAAUCUUAUUCGAACAUCAGAUUCAAAUAGAAAAGAAUUAGAAAAUACAAUUUCGGUCACAAUGGAAAAUGGUACAAAUGGAAAUUAUUCUUUAAUUCUUCGAAAUUUGACACCAAUAAUGAACGGUGAAUACGGUUGUGCAGCAAAAAAUGAGCAAAUGACGGAAGCUGCAUUUGUUAUAUACGAUUUAACAAUAACAACACCUGUAUUUUGUUCGGAAAGAAUUGAAAACUGGCCAUGUUUUGAAAAUCAACCGCAUGCUGAUAAUGCCAUUACAACAUCGGGCAACAGUUUAAUAUUACCAUGUCGAAUUAAUCAUGCUUCAGAUUCCAGUAUCGAGUGGUGGUGGAUUAAUAGAAAUGGUUUAAGUCUUCGUGUAUUUCCCGCUUAUGCACCGGUUCGACCAACAGUUCAACGUUUCAUUUUUAAUACAACGACAUCUAACAUUAACGAUACGACAAUAGAUAUGUCAAUUAUGUUAAGACAUGUCAAUGUAGAUGAUAGUGGAGUUUAUCGUUGCGUCGUCGUUCCACAGCAAGAAAAAGGACCAACACAAAUUUUAGAUUAUUAUGUAGAAUUAACAAGCCCUCGUCUUUGUCAAUUUGGCUACAAUGGAGCACCAUGUUUUGACAAUAUGGUUACAAGUUCACCAACAAUAAUUGGAGCAUACAAAAUUGCCUAUUUACCAUGUCGUAUUUAUGAUUAUAAGAGACUUUCAAAUAUAUUUUGGGUAGCUGGUGAUAGCCCAAAUAAUAGUGUAUUGAUCACUCAUCAUCUCAGUUUUAAUGACUAUAAUGGCAAUCGUUUACGCCGAUUAUUUCCAUUUUCAACCAAUGAUUUUUCACUUCAAAUUGAAAUUAGUAACGAUGUUAAUAUUGAUAAAACGUAUUCAUGCGUUAUUGAAGGAACAUCAGCAUAUGAAACAACAUGGUUUACAUAUAAUAUUCGAGAUUUAAAGGUUGAAAGAACUCCAAUAACAAAAGAUGAACACAAAAUGGCAAAUCUAAUGAAUCAAUUCUAUUCUGAUUCGAGACAAACAGCAUCUGCAACAACACCAAAUAAAAAUAAAAAAUAUACAAUGACUGAUGAACAAUUAACAAAUUUAUUUUCAAAUAAAAAAGAAGAAAAACAUCAAGAUCCAAUUGUAACACCAAAUACUGUUUUGAAUGCUGACGAAAAUGUAAGUUGAUUUAUAAAAUAAGGUUGUUUAGUUUUUUUCCUUCAUCUUUUUUGUAGAAACAUUUAUUCGAAUAAUAAUGGCAAAUAAAUGAACCAUAUUUCCAUCAACAUUAUGUAGAAGCAGAAUUAGAAGAAUUUUUAACUUAUUUUUUUUUAGACUAUUGUGACGUAUAAACUUUUUUACGUAUUUUUACAAGUUUGUUUUAAUCAAUUAGUGAUAAGAUUUUCUUCAAAAGCUUGUAUCAACAAACAAUUUUUCUUUUAAACAAAAGAACAGCUUAUAAAUAUAAUCUUGUCUCAAGAAGAUCGCUUAUCAAGAAGAAUAUGAAAUUAAUCUUUUUUACAUCGAAAAAAAAGAAUUGCAUGCUUCAUCAUUGAAUGCUAUAAUAAACUGGACAGUUUAUGUCAACCUCGAUUCAGAUACAGUGAUAGUAUGACGACUCAGCUAUACUAAAUUGUUCAAAAAAUUAAUGAGAGUAUGGGUGGUUAGAGAUUUGUCAGAAAAGUACCUGUUUAUAUCACUAAAGUUUUUGAUACUGUCUGACAUCCUGAUCGCCUUUUCAAAUUGGAGAAAUAUGUUAUCGAUGGAUCACAGUCGAAAGGCUUUUAGUUCGUGUUUGUCCAACAGAUCAACAAACGUAAAACUGUUGCUCAAACAAUACAUAUUUAACGUUCAAGAAUCAGUCUGUUUAUGAUGGUGAAGAACAUGUGUAUAACUCUGUGUGCAUUUCAAUUUACAUGGAACUAAAUUUAGAUGACUGACCCAAAAAAUUGGAUUGUUUUUGUUUGAGAACUGUUGGAUGUAAUGCUCCUGUAAAACGCAAACAGUGACUUACUAGAAUAGUGGUAAAUAAGUAUGAUUCACAAUUCGUAUCUUAUGUCACAUACAAACUAUAGUUCAACUAAACACUCGUUAAUCUGACUAUUAGCAAUGUGUUUUAGUAACGGUAACGAUCACAUCAGUUUUUUCGAAAACGUUGCGAUUACGGUAACGGUAGUCAAGAGAAAUUUCUCUCAAAAUGUUUACGCAAUCUUUUUAAAGAAGAAAAGUGUCUCAGAAGUAAUAGCACACGAUUCUCAUUUGUAGUUACGCGUUUGAGGGAGAGAAAGUAAUUACUAUAUCUGAAAUUAUUAUCCGUAAUAAACAAGAAUACCGGUGACUAUUUCUUUAAUAACUUUCGAACAAUGCGCUUCGAAGGCCUGCGAUUUUUAGCAUUGUACAGAGGAGAUGAUUAGCUACA